AUGUCUCGUGGAAAGCCCUCAGGCAUAUAUACGGCAAGAAAGCUCCGCAUUCACCGUCGCAAGCAGCGAUGGGCUGACAAGCAGUACAAAAAGGCUCACUUGGGUACGAGGUGGAAAGCCAAUCCUUUUGGCGGUGCGUCACAUGCCAAGGGGAUUGUUGUCGAAAAGGUAUCCCUUUUAUUCAGUGUAUGAUUUUGUAAACAAAGAUUGGUGUCGAAGCCAAACAGCCUAACUCGGCCAUCCGAAAGUGUGUCCGUGUUCAGCUUCUCAAAAAUGGAAAGAAAAUUACCGCUUUUGUUCCGAACGACGGCUGCAUGAAUUUCAUUGACGACAAUGAUGAGGUUUUGGUGGCCGGCUUCGGUCGAAAGGGUCACGCCGUUGGUGAUAUUCCCGGCGUCCGUUUCAAGGUUGUGAAGGUUGCCAAUGUGUCAUUACUAGCUCUUUACAAGCACAAAAAGGACAAGCCAAGGAGCUAA